AUUAAUAAAUUAAAAAGAGAAAAGGGAAGAAGCGGCGAUGCUGUUGUGGUUUUGUGAGUUGUUAAUUUCUUGUGUGGGAAGUGGAAGUGGGAAUGGGAAAGGGCAGUAGCAGGCGGGUGAGGGCGUUCAAGCGGUGGAUGAAGCGGGAAGGGAUCGAAUGCAGCGACGCCCUGGACUUGAGGGACGAAGGAGUCGAAAUCGGAAUCAGCGUGAGAGCCCUAGCCCACCUCAAGGAAGGGGACGUGGUGGCCAGAAUACCAAAGCUCACGUGCCUCACCACCAGAACCACCGCCGCACGUGACAUUAUCGCCGCCGCCGCCAACGCCGGUGAGGGCGAGGAGGAGUCUUGUUUAGGAGGGUUAGCAGGGCUGGCGGUGGCGCUGAUGUACGAGAGGAGCUUGGGAGAGCGUUCACGGUGGGCCCCAUACCUUGAGCUGUUGAGCAAAGAAGAAGAGUCGUUGCCUUUGGUUUGGAGAGCCGACGAGGUUGAGCGGCUGCUGGCAGGGACAGAGCUGGAGGGAACGGUCAAGGAAGACAAAGGUGUUAUGUGGAAGGAGUGGAAGGAGAGCAUUGAGCCCACGAUAUUACUGCAAAUGCAUCCUUUGGAUGCUGCCGCCGUUGAACAGUUCGUUCCUAAUUGGAGUGAAUGCGGCCUCGUCUGA